AUGCUUUGCGCAAUCUCUGGAGAGGCACCUCAAGUGCCUGUCGUCUCUUCCAAGAGCGGCAGUGUCUUCGAGAAGCGCCUCAUUGAGGCUUAUAUUGCCGAAAAUGGCAAAGAUCCCGUCAACGGCGAAGAGAUGACCACCGAAGACCUGAUCGAUAUCAACUCCCAGCGCGUUGUUCGGCCUCGCCCUCCUACCCUCACCUCCAUUCCCUCGCUCCUCAGUAUAUUUCAGGAAGAGUGGGAUGCACUUGCUCUGGAAACAUACACUCUGCAACAGAACCUGGCACAGACACGGCGCGAGCUGAGCGCGGCGCUGUACCAGCAUGAUGCUGCCGUGCGCGUGAUCGCACGAGUCACCAAGGAGAGAGAUGAAGCCCGCGAUGCACUUUCAAAGGUUACUGUUGGUGCCAGUCGCUCGGCUGGUGCUGGUGAAGCUAUGCAGGUGGAUUCCGAGGGUCUGCCUGCAGCGGUCGCGGAGAGAAUCGAUAAUACACACGCUAGUCUCUCGAAGACCCGACGCAAGCGCCAAGUGCCUGAAGGAUGGGCUACUAGUGACUCAAUCUCUACAUACAAGCCCCUCGAGACCUCCGAAGCUCUUUACCCCGGUGGUCGCGCCUUGUCAGUCAACUCUACUGGAGAGCUGGCUCUUGUUGGAAGUGUCGAUGGUGUUGUUGGUGUCUACUCUCUCACCCAGAAAGCCGUGGUGCAGACUUUCAAUACAGACGGUCCUGUGACCGAUGCCACCUGGGCUGGCAAUAAGGCUGUUGUUGGUUCGGCUACUGGAUCUGUGAAGGUUUUUGAGAAUGGCAGCGAGGUGGCAAGCUUUGCCUCGCACGCCGGUGAGGUUACAGCCCUUGCAGUUCAUGCGACAGGUGAUAUUGUUGCCUCCGUUGGGGUUGAUAAGAGCUACGUGCUUUACGACCUGUCCACCAACACCGCAAUUACCCAGAUUUUCACCGACUCCGGUAAGUACUUUAUGUCUUGUGAUUACAAUUACUCUCAUACUAACAAUGAUCUCCUAGCUUUGUUGUCUGUGCACAUUCACCCUGAUGGCAACCUCCUGGCAGCCGGUACCGUCAACGGACAAAUCAAGAUCUUCGAUAUCAAGUCUGGAGCUGCCGCUGCUGACUUCGCGAUGUCUGGUCCCGUUAAAAGCCUUCACUUCUCUGAGAACGGUACUUUCCUGGCGGCAGUGGCUGCUCAGUCCACCACGGUCUCGAUCUGGGACCUGCGCAGUGCGAAGGAAACUAAGGUGCUGGACACUGGAAGUUAUGUCAACUCUAUCUUCUGGGACUACACUGGACAGUUUUUGUUGACUGGUGGCCCCAGCGGAAUUACCGUCCAGCAAUUCAACAAAUCAGCGAAGCAGUGGUCCGAGCCAUUGCGGAGUGCCGUCCCUGCUGUUGCUGUGGCAUUUGGAUCUGCAGCCCAGAGCAUCGUCUCCUUGAACGAUGCAGGUGUUAUUACCGUUCUGGCGCAAUCAUGA